AUGGCAUCAUCUUUCAGUAAUACUGUAUCCUCAGAAAAAUGUCGAAAGCAACUUAGUCGUAAGCACCAAAAAUGGUUUAGAAAUAAGAAUCGAGAAAAUAUUUUACACUUAUUUGAUGAUGUUUCUAAAGAACUUCAAUACUUACUUAAUAUCAAAGUUCUUACAGUUGUAGUUGAACCUAUUGAAACUUCUGCUAUAGAUACUGAUUCCAGUUCUGAUUCUGAUGAUCUCUUGCCUUUACCUAAUACUGAAGUUCCUAUAAUUACUAAUCAUAAGUUUACUAAUACUCAAAGUAAUCAGAAUUCUCGCUGUGAUAAAACUAAACGUCAUGAUAUGGAUCAAAAUAGUGGAAUUGCUGCUCUAAAAUUUUCUCUUUGUUGUGCUAAUAACAAAGUGCAAUUACUACCUUUACUUGAACCUCCACCUUAUUUGCUAAAUCUUUAUACUUCAACUAACCCUGAUAUAGUUGAAUUUCAUAAACAUGCUAGAGGUUAUAAUAGUGCUUUGGCUUGCACAUCUUUUGGUGCUAAUAUAGAUAACCAAUUUUUGGAACAUGGUAUAGCAAAUUUUCGAAUUCAUGGCCAAGUUUAUCUUCUAAUUGAAUUAUUAUUACCAAAUGAAGGUCGCACAUUAGCAUUUGCUCAACUAUAUAUUUAUGAUACUGCAAAUAAAAUUACAAAUCGUCAAAAUGCAAUACAUGAAUUAAAUAAAAAUAUUUUACAAAGUUUACAGAAUAUGCUGGAUAUUUGCAAUCCAUAUAUUCAAAAUUUUCAGCAUGUAAGAGAUAUUAUAUGUAAUAAUGUAACUACUGAAAUUUCAAUGAUAAUUCAAAAUCUUCAAGAUGUUGCUAAUCAUACUAAAAAUCGUAUGACAACUUUGACAGCCUGGUUUCAGGAGAAUAUGCAAAAUCCAAUGGCACAUAUAUAUUCCUAUGUUAACUUUCCUUCUUAUUAUACUUGGAAUUCUUCAUGCUGCAAAUGGAUACCUAGAAAAACAUCAGCAACUAUGAUUGGUGCAACUAGCUUUGAUGAUCUAAAAACUAUAAAUGAUUAUACAUAUAACAAAACACCAACUACGACAGCUUUUGCAACUAUACUUUUAUUUUGCCAACCUGUAAAAUCUGAGUUAUUAUGGAAUAAUCAUAAAAUUGCAUUAUGUAAAGAUAUUUUAUAUCAAGCUCAUGUGCAAUUACAAGAUCUUGAAGAUGCAAAUGAUAUUCCUGCUGCAAUUGAAAAUAAAGCUCUUACUCAAUUAGAAAAUAUACUUUUACUAAAUAGAAAAUCUUUAAAAAAUUUUCCUAAUAUGCCAAUUCCAUCUAUUACUUCAAAUAUCAGUAAUAAUGAAGAAAAAUUAAAUCAUUUAAUACGUGAAGAAAGAUCUUACAAUAUAACAGACUUAGAAGCCAAAUCACAAUGCAAUAUACCUUUGUUAAAUAAUGAUCAAUGUGCGGUAUUUGAUGCUGUCAUAAGAGCAAUUGACAAUAAAGAAAGAGAAUGUUUUUUUAUUGAUAGACCAG